CAGUCACCAAACCAUACUAGUGAAAUCACCAGCUGAUAAAUUCACAGUAAUUUAAUUAUGGAGUGCAGAGCUCUAUUUUGGAUUGCAUGCUUGUUUGCCUAUUCAUUGUCAUGGAUAAGAGGUGUGCAAGCUCUCACUCAGGAGGCUCAAAUUUUACUGGAAAUGAAGAAAACGCUGAAGGAUCCUCUAAAUGCACUGAACAACUGGAAAUAUUCCAUUCAUGCACCUUGCAACUGGAAUGGAAUUAGCUGCGACAAUAUUACAGGUAUGGUCACUGAGAUCGCAAUUGAAAGCAAAUUUAUAAAUGGCCCUCUAUAUUCCAACAUUUGCAAACUGCAAAAUUUGAAGAAGCUUCGAUUGGGAAACAACGCUCUGUAUGGAAAUUUACCCUCAGAUAUCAUGAACUGCACCAAGCUUCAGUCCCUGAAUCUCUCAAAAAAUUAUUUCUCCGGAACUUUACCAGAUUUUUCCCCAUUGAAAUCCUUGCAGCUUCUUGAUGUGAUAGACAAUAACUUCACAGGUGAAUUCCCUCCUUCUGUUUGUAAUUUAGCUGAGCUGACUUCCCUCAACCUUGCUAAUAAUCCAUUCAGUCCAGGAAAAAUACCCCAGCAGCUCAUGAAUUUGAAGAAACUCGAGGUGCUAUACUUGGCCGGCUGCAAUUUGGUAGGAGAAAUCCCAAGUUUUAUUUUUAAUUUUACAGAUCUAGUUCUUCUGGAUCUCUCUUACAACUUUCUGGAGGGAUCUAUUCCAAAGGAGAUUUCCAAACUCAGUAAACUCUACCAACUAGAGCUGUAUUACAACAAUCUUAGUGGAAAUAUACCCCCAGAAAUAGGAAAUCUCACAGCUCUAAAAUAUUUUGAUGCAUCAAAGAACAUGUUGAGUGGAAAUCUUCCACAAGAGGUUGGAAAUUUGAAAAACUUAGUUUCUUUUCAGCUCUACAGGAACCAGCUUUCCGGUCAAAUCCCUGAAACAUUUGGUGAGUUUCAAUAUCUUGAAAGCUUGUCAUUGUAUCGGAACAAUUUCACAGGUCAAGUACCACAGAAGCUUGGCAGUUUGUCAAAUUUUGUCUUGAUUGAUAUUGCUGAGAACCAAUUCACUGGCCCACUACCAAAAGAUAUAUGCAGAGGAGGUAACCUGCAAUACUUUCUUGUUCAUAAGAAUCGCUUUACAGGAGAACUGCCCAAUUCUUAUGAAGAUUGCAAGAACUUGAUACGUUUCAGAGUGGGUAUCAAUAAUCUAACUGGUAAGGUACCCAAAGGAAUUUGGGGUUUGCCAAAUGCCAACAUUAUUGAUCUCAGCUUCAAUAACUUUGAUGGUGAGCUUGGUCCUGAGAUCAGCAAUGCAAAGAAAUUAACAAGCUUCUCUAUUAACAAUAAUCGAUUCUCAGGGAUCUUGGUGCCAGAGAUCGGAAUGGCCUCACAAUUAGUUAAAAUUGAAGUCCAGAACAACCAGUUUACAGGUUCAAUCCCACAAGAAAUCAGCAGUCUGAUACAUGUGAGUGAACUGUAUUUGCAGGGAAACAUGUUUGAGGGAUCCAUUCCACCUGAAAUUGGUUUAUGCACUUCUUUGGCUGUUAUCAACCUUGCAGAAAACCAUUUGAAUGGAUUGAUUCCAGAGUCUUUGGGAUCCACUGAAAGUCUGAAUUCUCUAAAUCUUUCAAAUAACAAUCUUUCUGGAUCAAUUCCAAAUAGCCUUGGUACAUUGAAUCUAAGCUUUGUUGACUUCUCCAACAACCAUUUAUCUGGCCCUGUUCCAAAUUCCUUCGUCAGCAACCUUAAUAGUGAAAGCUUCUCAGGGAAUCCAGGUCUCUGUGUCAAAAGCUCUAGCAGUAACAGUCAUCUACUUCGGACUUGUAAUGGUUCUCAUCUCACGAAAGAAUCCAGAAAAUUGAUAUUUAUAUCAGGGAUCAUUUUUGGAACAGCAAUAUUAGUGCUAGUGAUUGCGUUGAUACUUCUGUGGCGAAAAUACCAUCAAAACCAAGAUGAAUUACGUGAUAAAAGAGAAAGUACGCGCUGGAAACUUAAAGCUUUUCAUGAAAUAAGUUUCACUGAGGAGGAUAUUUCUGAAGCAUUGCUAAAGGAAGAGAAUAUGAUUGGAAGUGGUGGAUCGGGCAAUGUUUAUCGUGUGGAUUUGCAGAACAAUGUAACUGUUGCCGUGAAGCGACUUUGCCCAGUGAACAUUAACAGUAUCAAGCAAAAUGAUCUCAACAAACUGAUGGCGGCAGAAGUGGAUGUUUUAGGGAUGGUUCGGCACAAAAAUAUUGUGAAGCUUUAUUGUAGUUUAUCAAAUGGUAAGUCAAAUCUUUUGGUAUUUGAAUAUAUGCAGAAUGGAAACUUGUUUGAUGCUUUGCAUAAAGGCUAUACAGAAAAGGCAUCAAAGGGAAGCGGUUUGCAUUUGGAUUGGCCUACAAGGUAUAACAUUGCAUUAGGAGCAGCAUAUGGAUUGGCAUAUCUUCAUCAUGAUUGCUUUCCUACAAUUGUUCACAGAGAUGUAAAAUCUACCAAUAUUUUGCUGGAUGACUAUCAUGAGCCAAAGAUUGCUGAUUUUGGUAUUGCGAAAGUUCUUGAAGCUGGCAGAGAGGUCUCCACCAUAGCGUUCGCAGGAACUUAUGGCUACAUUGCUCCGGAAUAUGCACAUUCUUUUGAGGUCACUGAGAAGAGUGACAUUUACAGUUUCGGUGUGGUUCUAUUGGAGCUUGUUACUGGAAAAAAACCGGUUGAGCCAGAAUUUGGUGAAAGCAAAGAUAUAGUUUUCUGGAUUUCACGGAAAAUAUGUUCCCAGCAAGAUGCUUUUGAGGUUCUGGAUUCAAGGAUUUCUAAACAUUUUGAGGAAGCAAUGGUUAAGGUUUUGAAAAUUGCGGUGCGUUGUACACUCAAACUCCCAGCACUACGGCCCACCAUGAGAGAAGUUGUACAAAUGUUGGUGAAUGCUGAGCCUUGCAGUAGUAAUUCCAAGACAACCCAAAAGAAUGCAACCAUGGACUUUGGCAUGACCGUGAGACAAAAAACUCAGCUUUAAUUUAAAGAUAUAAGCAUUUCCACUUAGGCUUUUACUUGGCUUCCAGAUUUUAGUUUUCCAUUACUAUAACUCUUGAUAGGAGUAAGUGAGUCAGGGCCUGGGGGAUUACAAGUAUCAUGAAUAACGUAGUCGGCUUGACAGAUCUAUUCGCUUGAAUUAUCAUGAUAAGUAGAAGCUGGGACAAGUUGAAUUUGAGCAGCAAAGGAAAUUAUCCUCUACAUCUAUGCCCUCCUUUUGGGAUCUGAUAUUUAGGUAGUUUUCCUUUUCAGGCAGGUAA